AUCACUCCCUGUCACUGCAGAGAGCUGAGGCGCCAUGCGUGGGGGCCGGGGGCUGCUGCUUGUCCUGCUGCUGCUGGCCGUCUGCCUGGGGGCGCAGGGCCGGAACCAGGAGGAACGCCUGCUCGCAGACCUGAUGCGUGACUACGACCCCCACCUGCGGCCUGCCGAGCGGGACUCGGAUGUGGUCAACGUCAGCCUGAAGCUCACCCUCACCAACCUCAUCUCCCUGAACGAACGAGAGGAGGCCCUGACCACCAACGUCUGGAUAGAGAUGCAGUGGUGCGACUAUCGCCUGCGCUGGGACCCAGGAGACUACGAAGGCCUGUGGGUGCUGAGGGUGCCAUCCACCAUGGUGUGGCUGCCAGACAUCGUGCUGGAGAACAAUGUGGACGGCGUCUUCGAGGUGGCCCUCUACUGCAAUGUGCUCGUGUCCCCUGAUGGCUGUAUCUACUGGCUGCCGCCCGCCAUCUUCCGCUCCUCCUGCUCCAUCUCAGUCACCUACUUCCCCUUCGACUGGCAGAACUGCUCCCUCGUCUUCCAGUCCCAGACCUACAGCACCAGCGAGAUCGACCUGCAGCUGAGCCAGGAGGACGGUCAGACCAUCGAGUGGAUUUUCAUUGACCCUGAGGCCUUCACAGAGAACGGGGAGUGGGCCAUCCGGCACCGGCCGGCCAGGAUGCUGCUGGACGCGGUGGCGGGCCCCCAGAAGGUGGUGUUCUACCUGCUGAUCCAGCGCAAGCCCCUCUUCUACGUCAUCAACAUCAUUGCCCCCUGCGUGCUCAUCUCCUCUGUCGCCAUCCUCAUCUACUUCCUUCCUGCCAAGGCUGGGGGCCAGAAGUGUACCGUCGCCAUCAAUGUGCUCCUGGCCCAGACUGUGUUCCUCUUCCUUGUGGCCAAGAAGGUGCCUGAGACGUCCCAGGCAGUGCCGCUCAUCAGCAAGUACCUGACCUUCCUCCUGGUGGUGACCAUCCUGAUCGUCGUGAACGCAGUGGUGGUGCUCAACGUGUCCCUGCGGUCCCCACACACACACUCCAUGGCCCGAGGGGUCCGCAAGGUGUUCCUGCGGCUCUUGCCCCAGCUGCUGCGGAUGCAUGUUCGCCUCCUGGCACCAGCGGCUGUGCGGGACGCCCCGCCCCGGCUACAGAAUGGCUCUUCCUCCGGGUGGUCGAUCACAACUGGAGAGGAGGUGACCCUCUGCCUGCCUCGCAGUGAACUCCUCUUCCAGCAGGGGCAGCGGCACGGGCUGGCCAGGGCAGCGCUGGAGAAGCUAGAGAAAGGCCCAGAGACUGGGCAGAGCCAGGAGUUCUGCGGCAGCCUGAAGCAGGCCGCCCCUGCCAUCCAGGCCUGUGUGCAAGCCUGCAACCUCAUCGCCCGCGCCCGGCACCAGCAGAGUCACUUUGACAGCGGAAAUGAGGAGUGGUUCCUGGUGGGCCGAGUGCUGGAUCGUGUCUGCUUCCUGGCCAUGCUCUCACUCUUCCUUUGUGGCACUAUGGGCAUCUUCCUCAUGGCCCACUACAAUCAGGUGCCCACCCUGCCAUUCCCUGGAGACCCUCGUCCCUACCUGCCCUCGUCAGAGUGAGCCAACCAAUUGCUGCUGGGCAUG